GGCAGCUUGGCUUCCCGGGCGAAGGAGCUCUUCCGUAACCAGCGCAGGGACUCGGAGGGGCCCCAGGGGAUGGUGAGUGGUGAGAAAGUGGACAACAAGUACCAACAUGAGGCUCACGUGAAGGGUUCACUGGAUUCCCCUAACCUAGAGUUUGAAUAUGGAGAUUCAGACAGCAUUGUUGCAGAGCUGUCAGAGCUAUACAGUUACACGGAAGAGCCUGAAUUUGCUGCUAACAGGGAUUGCUUUGAAGAGGAUUUCGCGAUUCACGGGAAGGGCAAGAAAUGGGUAGAACUGGAAGAGGAUGAACAUAAGUCCUACUUAAUGAGGUUGCUAGAUGGAUUGGAGGUCAUAAGCAGGGAGAAGAGACUUAAAUUUGCCAGAGCCGUUCUUUACCUGGCCCAAGGUGUGUUUGAUGACUGCUACACGGAAACCGAAGUGGUGCAUUGGGCCCGGUACAAUGUCUUCCUUCUCUAUGAGAUGGGCACGUUUGGGGCAUUAGUGGAGCUCCUCAAUAUGGAGAUCGAUAACAGCCAGGCAUGCAGCAGUUCUCUGAGAAAACCAGCCAUCUCCCUAGCGGACAGCACUGAGCUGAGGGUGCUGCUGAAUAUUAUGUACCUGAUGGUGGAGAUCAUGCGCAGAGAGGGGGAGGAUGACAAACCGGAGUGGAGUUCAGCAAGAGAUGGAUUCCGGACUGAACUAAGUUCCCCGGUAUAUAAUGGUGAGCCCUUUGCAGUUCUCCUCUUCUCUCUUGUUAAUAAAUACUGUAAUGGACACACUCCACAUUGCCCCAUUAAGAAGGUCUUGCUGCUUCUUUGGAAAACAAUUCUGUUCUGUUUCGGAGGCUUUGAGAAACUCCAGGAGCUGAAAGUGGAAAAGCGAGUGAAGCUGGGCCUCCCUCGGCUGUUGGAGGACAGUAUCCAGGUAACGCGAACCCUACGAGCCACCUCUCCACCGGCAUCUGCCAUGGACAUCCUGGAGCAGCAGCAGAAGCGAGGUCGCAGGGGCAGGAGGGUUCUCAUGAAGCAGGACAGCCUGGACAUCUACUGUGAGAGAGAUGAGGCUCGGGAGGAAGAGGAGGAGGCAGAUGAUGGUGACGGUGGGAUUGAGGGAGAUGUGGAUCCACUGGAGAGGGAGGCACUAAUUCAGGACCUGCCUUCCCCUGGACUGGCGCCAGAGAGGUUGCUCUUCCCUCGAUGCCUGCCCUGGGCCACUAAAGUAAGAGAGAAGGACAUUGAAGAUUUUCUGGAAGUCAGUAGGUGCAAGUUCAUUGGAUUCACCCUGGGAAAUGACACAGAAACCCUGGUGGGUUUGCCCAGACCCAUUCACAACAGUGUGAAAACCCUGAAACAGCACAAGUACGUAUCCAUCGCAGAAGUACAGGCCAAGAUGGAGGAAGAGUUGCAGAAAUCCCCAGUGUCACUGGGAGCUGAGGAGGUAGAACAGACCCCAGUUGAGAUCCUGUAUCAGGCAAUGUUAUACAACCUACCUCAGUAUAUGAUAGCACUGCUGAAGAUCCAGCUGGCUGCUGCCCCCACAUCCAAGGCAAAGACUGACUCUAUCAAUAUCUUGGCUGAUCUCCUGCCUGAAGAGAUGCCCAAUACUGUGCUACAAAGCAUGAAGUUGGGGAUUGACGUCAACAGGCACAAGGAGAUCAUUGUUAAAGCUAUCUCGGCACUGAUGCUCCUGUUACUCAAGCAUCUCAAACUCAACCAUGUCUACCAGUUUGAAUAUGUUUCCCAGCAUUUGGUAUUUGCUAACUGCAUCCCACUGAUUCUGAAGUUCUUCAAUCAGAGCAUCAUGUCCUAUGUCACCGCCAAGAACAGUAUCUGCGUCCUAGACUACCCUCAUUGUGUAAUCCACGAAUUGCCAGAACUCACCACAGAGGUUCUGGAAGCUGGUGACCACACCCAGUUCUGCUGGAGGAAUCUCUUCUCGUGCAUCAACCUGCUGCGUAUCCUAAACAAGCUCACCAAAUGGAAACACUCCCGCAUCAUGAUGCUUGUGGUUUUCAAGUCGGCCCCAAUUUUAAAGCGGGUGCUGAGGGCAAAGCAGGCAAUGCUGCAGCUCUACGCACUGAAACUGCUGAAAUUCCAAACCAAGUACCUGGGGCGCCAGUGGAGGAAGAGUAACAUGAAGAUCAUGUCUGCCAUCUACCACAAAGUGCGACACCGCCUCAACGAUGACUGGGCAUACGGAAACGAUAUUGAUGCUCGACCCUGGGAUUUCCAGGCAGAGGAGUGCGGCCUGAGAGUCAAUAUUGAGAUGUUCAACAGCCGACGCUAUGGUCUGCACCACAGUGACCUGGAGUUUGCCCCAGUGGACAACUGCCUCCAGAGCGUCCUGGGCCAUCAUGUCUCGCUGCCUGAGGAUUUUCGCUACAGCUAUGAGCUCUGGUUGGAGAGAGAGGUUUUUGCCCAUCCCAUCCGCUGGGAGGAUCUUCUUCAGCCUCUAACUUAAUGAGGACAGCUCACCUCUCGAGCUGGUGCUUCUAUAAUGACCUGUCUUCAAAAGACUUUUUUUCAAUGAAAAACCCAUCUCAGCAGUUAUUUGGUGUUUGGUUUUUAACCUCAUUUCGCGGGGGUGGUGAUUUUGCAGCUUCAUUUAUU